GCACUCGACCACUUGACUCAAACCUCCGUCGCCGCCACCUAUCCGCUCGCAUCUUUACUACUGCAGGCACGGCGGAUCCAAUGGAACAGGAACUCAAUCAAGUCAUCCAGGCCAUCGCCAUCGCGUCCGAUCCUACACAAGUCGCCCUCCACCAACAAGCCCUGCAAUUUCUGUCCACUAUUCAGCAGAACGCAGAAAAUACGUGGCGUCUUGCAUUAGCCAUCUUUGUUGAGACCAACUCGAAUGGCUCAAGAAAACAUGCUGCACAAGCACGGUUCUUCGCUCUGCGGGUCCUAGACGAAUUUCUAGACAACCGAUUCGAACCGCUAGAUGACGAAUCCUUUCAAACGUUACGACAAGGCCUAGUCACAUACAUUCAGUCCGAAUACAUCUAUGGUUCAGCGGAGACGGAUGCUUCAUUUCUGCGGAACAAGUUUGCGCACACUCUCACUCUGUUCUUCCUAUGCACGUACAUGGACCAAUGGCCCACCUUUUUCAGCGACCUGUUUUCCUUGAUCCGGCCCACAGAGUCAACAUCACAAUCCACAUACAAUCAACAUGUCUCCCUCCUCUUCUUCCACAUAGUUCUCGAGAUCUCUGGGGAGGUGGCGGACCAGCUGAUAAAGGCUGCUCGGCAGUUCAGCCAGGCGCGACAAGCGCGAGACACUCGUGUGAGAGAUGCCGUGCGCGAGCGGGACGCGGGACGCAUCAACGAGGCGGUCCUGACUAUCGUGGCCGAUGGCGCGGGGAGGAUGACAGCAUUGCGCACGGCGGGCACAGAGUCCGCUGGCUCUCGGGAACUUGACGGCGCUGUGGAAGUGGUAGAUUGGGGCAUCAGGACCUUCGCGUCCUACGUCGGUUGGAUCGACAUCAACCUGACCGUCACUCCGACGACUGUGCCGCUGCUGUUCUCAUUACUGUCCGACCCUUCAUUGGCGAUCCGAUUAGCUACAUCCGUAGCACUACUCAAGAUCACUGCAAAAGGCUUGAAAGAGCCCGGAGAUAAGCUUCAACUGAUCAAAGUCUUAUCCCUUGGUCAAGUCAUCGAUGCUUUGGAAGCAAAAACACGCGUUGAACAAGCUGCCCGAGAGUCAGACGUAGACGAAGGCGAGGAGUCAUACCGCGAGGCCCUUGGUCGUUUGCUGAACGUCCUGGGUCUUGAGCUGUGCAAGCUUGUCGAAGAGUCCACCACCGAUGACGUGCGGUCAGAAGCGUCACAACUACUUGAGCAGACUCUUCCGGUCAUGCUCCGCUUCAUGGCGGAUGAAUAUGACGACACUGCGUCAACCGUAUUCCCAUUCCUGCAAAAUGUUCUCGGCAACUACAAGCGUGCGCGGAAAACGUCAGCAGAACCUCUAGAAGAGUCAAAGCGAACAUUCUUGACGUCGCUUCUCCGAGUCGUUCUCCAGAAGCUGAAGUGGGAAGAGGACAGUGAUCCCGACGACAUGGAUGAGGAUGACAAGGCUGCGUUUGAUGACCUGCGCAAGGAUCUCCGCACAUUCAUGGACUCCACCCAUGUCAUAGAGCAGACUCUGGUCACUGACGCGGUGCGGACUCUGGUGCUCAAUACCUUCAACGCGUAUCGUAACGGGUCCACCGUAAAAUGGAACGAUGCUGAGUUGGCCGUCUAUUUGGUGUAUAGCUUUGGCGAGAUCAACAAGAGCGGCAGCAAAGGUCGUGGAGCAUUCUGCCAAGCAUCGUCUGUGGCGAAGGAGAAGCGAAAAGAAGCUGAUUACUCCGAAUACCCUCUAACGAGCCAUGGCGAGAUGCUCUACGCCAUGAUAGAGUCUGGUAUCUCUGCCUACCCGCACAAAUGUCAGUUUGCGUGCACGGGUCUACUAUUGUUCCAACGGUUCAUUCGAGAAGACCGGAACGAGAUCUCGCCUGAACUGGCAGUGUCCCUCAUUGAGGGCAUGCGGGAUCUGCUCACCAUCGAAGUAGAAUUGCCGGAGAUUGAGGAGGGCCAGGACCUUCUAUCAGAGGCCAUCACCAACCCAGGCAUCUUUGACUCUCAGCUCUACAUCUUCGAGACAGCCGGCAUACUCGUCUCCCUCUUGUACAAGAUGCCGGGCCAAGCCGCCGUGCUGCUUCUGUCCAUCGUGAAACCGUUGCUAGAGGACCUGUCUGCGAGUCUGCAGGCAGUCAAGGGUGCAGGCGACGUCGUGCCCGUACUAAAGGUUCAUCACAUCAUCAUGGCACUGGGAAACAUUGCCAAAGGCUUUCCAGAUUAUCCUUCGCCGGUCCCGGAAGGAUAUAUCUUGCCGCCUUUGGAGGUUUUCACUGAGAUCGCACAGGCGAUCUUGGUAUGCUUGGAGGCUAUGAAUGUCUUCAAGGUCAUCAGAGACGCGACCCGGUUUGCCUUUGCUCGGAUCAUUGGCACAACAGGCCCGAACAUCACGCACCUCAUCCCCCCGUUGAUGGCCAACCUGCUUGCCCACUUCGAGCAGUCGGAGCUGGUAGACUUCAUAAAUUUCAUCGGCCUCGUGAUCCACAAACUCCAGGACGAUAUGUUCAACGUACUGGAUCAGUUGUUCGGUCCCCUGAAUGCACAUAUCACCGGCCUACUUUCGCAACCUGUAAACGGUACAGAUGACGAGCUUGCUCGCGCGGAACAAAGAAGGCUACGACGCCUUCUCACAACACUGAUGUCCUCCGCAGGGAACAACGCUCAGCUCGAACGUCUCCUUGCCACCAUGAGACAAAUAGUGGAAGAUGUAUCGGAUCCCGCAAGCCAGAAGGCUGCCUUGACGUUCUUUGGACGCUCAGUGGCCGUGUGGGCGCAACCCGCCGUGAAUGGCGAUGCUCAGACACAAGCAUUGCCUGGCUUCGAACGCUUCAUCUACGAAACGGUCAUCCCGACGGCUUUCGCGGUCUUGUCGUUGCCGCAGUUCAACAUCAGGGACGGCCAAAUGCUCACGGUCUUGCACGAGAUCGCCAACUUCCUCCAGACGGUAUUGAAAACUCGCGGCGAGGAAGCCUUCAAUUUUUUCGGAAAUGUCUUCCUCCCCCGCAAGGCUGGCCCGCGCAAACCAUCAUAGACUUCACGACCAAAAUGCGGGAUCUCGACCCGAAAGCAUUCCGGAAAUACUUCGCCGACUUCGUACGCGCCUCCCGCGCAGGCUCAUAACGUUCGCUAUAUGUUCAUCCACUCUGUCACUGUCCAUGCACCAGCAAGCUAUCCAACACGUCGCAAUUUUGAGGUCAAGUAUCGUUGUAGCUAAUUCCACUCGUUCUCCGUGACAAUUGUGCCCCAGGAUCUGACCAACACGCGCUGUAUUCUCUACCAUGCUCAUGUACUCACAUCAUCUGUUCUAUGACUCUGCUUAUCAUACUUCGUACGCAGCCCAAAAGAAUAAUUGUAUUUCAGCAGUAUCAUAUAUCCUCAC